UCUUCACUAUUAUUCUACAAUGUAGAACAUUUUUUAAAUAAAGAAAAACCCUUGAAUGAGUAGGUAUGUCCAAACUUUUGCUUGGUACUUAGAUUUCAACAAACAUUAAUGACAUCAUACUUGCUCAAACUCAAACUGUUCCUACAGUUUCCAUGCCCAUCUUUGUUUGUUCUCAACAUACUUUCUUAUUUGUCAUAAUUUUGGUAUUUCUAGGGCUUGUAAUACUUUAUGCCAUAUGGCUUCAAAUUGUUGUAUUUUAUUUCUAUCAUUAGGCCACAUUUUUUAAACAUUUUAAUAAUAAUGCAUUUGAUUAAUCUAUUGAUGGAAGAUCAUUUGAUUUCCAGUUAAGUAUUUUUUCCCCCUCAAAAUUAUUGACGAGAAAAUAAUGAUCCAACCCAUCGGAUAUCUCACUUCACCCUCAUAUACCAUGUCUUGAAAUAUGUUAGAUAGAUGGAUUAAAAUUAAACUUACAUUGUAAAACGUCUGAUAGCCAACUUUCUAACUCCUCCCAUAUCUUUUGUACUUCAUAGCACUCCCAGAAGGUAUAAAUUAUUGAGUAAUUGUUUGUUUUACAUUUAAGACAUGACUCUACCAUUGUGCUGUAGAAUUUGUGUAUUUUGUCUCUUGUAUACCACGUUCUAUGCAUUAGUUUAAACUUGAUUAAGCGUAGAUUUUUGGAAUCUGUCAUUUUGUUAUUUAUGUUCCAACACUUCCAUCUUAUGCCAAUAUCAGUUAUUUGUAUGUCUUGGUUCCAAUAUUUUAUAUAUUUUUUCAAAGGGAUUGUCAGUUGGAUAGGCUCUCUGCAAGGUUUUGAAGGCUAUAUCUUACCUAUCAUAUGAGUAUCCUUUUCUGACUCAAAUAGGAUAUCCUCAACAUUGCUUUGAUGUCCAAAAUAAUUCAGAUCGAAAGUACGUCAUAUAAAACUGUUAAAUUGCAUAUAUUCGAGAGAAAAAAAGUACACUGCUUUGUUUCCGAUGUAGACAUUAUAAAGAUAUCUGUUAAAUGAAAUAAUCUAAGAAGCUAAUCUACCCCCUCCACCCAUCCCCAUUACUAAACCAAAGCCAAAAAAUCUAAGCAUUGUAAUAUCAUGCAACACAUAUAGACCUAAUGCAUAUGGAUUAGAGUCUAAAUUCUCAUCAGAAAUUAUAGCUCAUGGCCAGAUAGAUGUUAUUGACUGACUGUGAACUCAUCCUCUGCUCUCAUCUCACGUAUCUAGUUUGCCAUGGCGACUGUGGUGAUGGAGCAGAUUGGUCGCCUGUUCAUCAAUGCUCAACCGUUGCGUCAGAUUCCUCAGCUGCUCGAGUCGGCCUUCCCUUCUGCCUUCCCUACUCUGCCCUGCACCGUGAAGGCCCAUGACGUGCCCUGGGUGUUCCGUGAGCCUCACAUCAUUGGAGGCUACAGGCAGCCGGACCACAGCUGGCGCUACUACUUCCUCACCCUCUUCCAGAGGCACAACGAGGCACUCAACGUUUGGACCCACCUGCUGGCCGCCUUCAUCAUCCUGGUCAAGUGCCAGGAGCUGUCCGAGACAGUGGAUUUCCUCCGUGACCCCCACGCCCAGCCCCUGUUUAUCGUCCUCCUCUCAGCCUUCACCUACUUGUUGUUCAGUGCCCUGGCCCACCUGCUCAACGCCAAGUCCGAGCUCUCCCACUACACCUUCUACUUUCUGGACUAUGUGGGCGUGGCCAUCUACCAGUAUGGCAGCGCCCUUGCCCACUUUUACUACGCCAUCGAGGAGGGCUGGCACGCCCGGGUGCGAGGGAUCUUCCUGCCCACCGCAGCGUUCCUGGCCUGGUUCUCGUGCUUCGGCUGCUGCUACGGCAAGUAUGCCAGCCCGAGGCUGCCCAAGUUUGCCCACAAGCUGUUCCAGGUGGUUCCCUCAGGCCUGGCCUACUGCCUGGACAUCAGCCCAGUGCUGCACCGCAUCUUCAGCUGCCACCAGCAGGAGGGGGGCUGCUCCAACCAGGCCGUGGCUUACCACUGCUACCAGGUACUCUUUUUCCUGGUGAGCGCCUAUUUCUUUGCCUGUCCCCACCCAGAGUGCUGGCUGCCCGGGCGAUGUGACUUCAUUGGCCAGGGCCACCAGAUCUUCCACGUCUUCCUGGUGCUGUGCACCCUGGUGCAGAUCGAGGCAACACGCACAGACUACAUUGAGCGGAGGCCCCUCUACGGCAACCUGGCCCACGACACAGUGGCGCUCUUCGUCUUUACAGCAUGUUGCAGCGCUCUCACUGCCUUCUACGUGCGGAAACGUGUGCAGGCGCAAAUGCUUGAGAAAGUGGAGUAAGCUGUCAGGACAGGGAUAAAUUAGGAUAAGGGAGAAAGACUUUAAUCUGAUUUUCACUGGAAAGCUAAAAAGACAAGAGAUUAAACAAAUCAGACUGUUCAUUUUGUAAAAAGAUGACCUGCUGGGUUUUUUUUCAGUUAUUUUUUUGUGGCCUGCCAAAUGACAUUUUAAACUGGCAACAUAGACUUUGUCUUGCGAUGUUGACCUUCCAUGAAGACAGAGAAACCUGGUAUUUUCUGUCUGUCACAGCACAAGCAGUACCUGUAACACUUCAAAUGGGAAAAUGAAGGUUGGAAUUGAGACUUUUUUAUUGUGUUGAUUUUACUCUUAAUUUUCCACUCUCUACUGUGACAUCACAUUUCAUGGCCUAGCUAUCUACUGAAUAGUCAGAAUUACUUUUUGACUAUAUACAGUAUUUACUGACCAACUCGAAGCAUGACACAAACCAUCUCAAUAGAGGUAUGCAGGAAAGAAUGAAAAGUAUACACACAAGUGCAUAAUAAAUAAAUAAUUAUAAUAAUAAUUGAAUAAGAAGAAUUUCUCACCAGCUUUUAUUUCUUAAAAAUACAAUGUGAGUUUCAAAGUGAUUUGACUCCCAAAUCAAAUGUUAGUGCUUAACAAAGACCAGUAUUAUUAUUAUUUUUUAUUCCUUGGUCAUCCCAUGAUAUUCCAGUGAGCUGCAGUCAACACUGCCAAAUGACUCAUUCUCUGUGUUUUAUCUACCAUUUUCUCUGCCCAUUUUCUCCAAAGCUAUGCUUUCUAAGUGAUUGAGAGAUGCCUUUACGGGCUGUCAGAUAUAAUAGACUGGCAGUUAGACUUGGCUAGAGGCAUAGAGCACACAAUUUGCAAACCAAACCGAACAUUUCUCCUCUAAGAUACAUAAAUUGGCCAUUUUACUAACAUGCGGAUUGAUCAUGUCAAAGAACAAAGCUGGCACUCUUAGGAUAGUUGGCGUAAGAAAUGGAUGGAAUUAUGUGCCCAAGAUUACAAUGAUGUCUCUUUGUCGUUGUGAUAAUAUUCCUUUUGUAUUUAAAGGGCUGGAACUUCAGCAUUUGCUUUUUCACACCCGAUGAUGUCAAUGCCUUUGUGUGUAUUGUUCAGUCUUUUCAUGGACUUGACUUUACUCACAAAAGGUCUGUCUGAGUACUGAGGUGACUUACUGUUUGUAUAUUUGUAUAUGUAUGGUUGGGUAUGUAUGUGCGUUGAAGCGUGUCUCUUUGCGUGUAUAUAUGUUUGUGUGUGAAUCAGAUGUGAAUGUGUUUGAAAGCCUGUCUUUGCAUUGCUUUCUUAUAUUUGAGACCCUCCUCAAGAACAUUGUAGUCCUUUAACAUCCUCUCAAGUCCCUUAGGGUGACAUUUUAAGUCUGUCACACAGCAGCGAAAGGUGAACAAAUGACUCAUAAUAGAGCUGGAUUUAUUUUAAAACCUAUUUUUAUGAUGUCCAUGAAACUGUGGCAAUAAUAUGUUUAAAUCUAAAGUAAACAAUGCAUUUAUUACACAGGUAUUCAAAUCAGGACCUGGAGACAAUAAUUCCAAUACUCAAUUUGAAUGAAAUGCCAUUUCAAAUGUUAAUUUUAGAUGAAUAAGAUAAUGUUGCCCUAGUGUUCUGUUGUGAGAUGCCUCCUAAAAUUUAUGUCAUUUUAUAUGUGCUGAUCAGAUGGAGGUUUGAGGUGGCAUUGAACUUUACAGACCUGAGAGCACUGACGGGUAUGGGUUCUGCCAAUGUCACUGAUGUCUACAACAUAGCUUAGACUAAUAUCUAACAGGUGACGAAAAGGUUAAAUCAUGACUGACUUACAGGUAACUGCCAAAAGAAAGGAAACACUUAAUGGAAAUGAGGGAUACAAAGUAUAUUGAAAGCAGGUGCUUCCACACAGAUGUGAUCCUGAGUUAAUUAAGCAAUUAACAUCCCAUCAUGCUUAGGAUCAUGUAUGAAAAUGCCCAGUUGCCCAUUAUUUUGGCUACCAUGGCUAGAAGAAGAGAACUCAGUGACUAUGAAAGAGGGGUCUCAAAGGAGCAUAGGGGGUUUAAAGUGUGUGUGUGUGUCUCAGUCACCAGAUUCCAACCCAAUUGAACACUUAUGGGAGAUUCUGGAGUGGUGCCUGAAACAGCGUUUUCCACCACCAUCAACAAAACACCAAAUUAUGGAAUUUCUCAUGGAAGAAUGGUGUCGCAUCCCUCAUAUAGAGUUCCAGAUACUUGUAGAAUUUAAGCCAAGGAGCAUUGAUGCUGUUCUGGUGGCUCGUGCUGACCCAACGUCCAAUUAAGAAACUUUAUGUUGGCGUACCUUUAUUUUGGCAGUUACCUGAAUUUGAAUUGUUAUGGUUUCACUGAUAAAGUGGUUGCAAUGCUUCUACACCUUCUACACCUGCAUUGCUUGCUGUUUGGGGUUUUAAGGCUGGGUUUCUGUACAGCACUUUGUGACAUCAGCUGAUGUAAGAAGGGCUUUAUAAAUACAUUUGAUUGAUUGCAAUGACUACAAUACAAUGAUUGUGACCCCUAGUGUCCAAACUACCACUGUAAGCGUCAUUCCUAACACAAACCAACUCUGAGCCAUAUAACUGUUAACCUUGAUACUACUGACUCUCACUGUUCUGCACGGAACCUAAUUCUAACCACUGUAUCCAGUUCUACCCAGCAUUGCAGGUUACCGUUUUUUUGUCAGGAAUCUUGUUCUGGAGGCAGCUCUGCAGGGUGGUCAUUAGCUGGCACAGCCACAAAGUCAUUCAAUUAGAUUUGAACCUUAACCACACUGCAUACCCCAGAGGUGGCACCACAGGUACCAGAGUGGUGUGACAGAAAAAUAAUUCUGGGGCCCGUAGUUUUUCCUGAUCUGAUAACCUAACCAGUUAAAACUCAUUACUUUAUACAGUAUGAUGUGAUUAAUCUGUUGUAAAAAGGCUGAAUAUGGGCUAUGAUGGGACCAGAGUUGAAAACCAGGUCAACUGCAGCAACCUUAUAGUUGUUCAUAUUACUAGAAAGACUAGGGGGGUUUCCUAUAAACAGUCAUGGCCAAAAGUUUUGA